AUGAAACCUGGAGGUCGAAAGCGAGCAGUGCCACCUCGCGGAGCUUUCAGUGCUCAAAUGCUUCGACCACCCAGUACACCAACCGACAGUUCAUUGCAGGAUGGAGAAAUGAACGACAAUGCUUUCGUUACGUCUCGCAGAGGGUCAAGUGAAGUCGACAACCAAGCUUUGUCACCACCUCCACCGCCGCCUCCCUAUCAUCCAAGUCCUCGUUUACGUCGAUCGAUGACAGCUAGAACCUCAAUGUCGACGUCACAUUCGUCUUCAGGGAAAGGAAUACCGACUAGUUCCGCCAAAUCGAAGACUGCGAGUUUGAAAGCUCAAUCUCCAGUGUCCAAUAACGACGAAGCAGGAAAGCAAAAUACGGAUAAACCAACGCCUCGCGUGCAUCCUAUCGACACAUUGUCCAAGAAACUCCGUCAACAGGCUAUGGAGUUGACCCACGUGUAUGAAGAGUUAGAGAAACGAAACCUUCAGAUUGACGCGUACAAGCAGCAGAUUGAAGAACAUAAAUUGCAACUUGACAAACUUCGAGAGAAUCGCAGGAAAUCGAUCGAUGGCAGCUCAAAAACAUCAAAAAGUUCAAGGACUGCAGCUCAGGAGCAGCAGAAGCGAGCUACGCAGAUGAUGAUCGGUACACCUUGUACAGGUUCGUCACUUGGACAAAAGCGAGAAGAACUGGACCGCAAACUAAAAGAAGUUGAACACGAGAAGAAGAAAUAUCAUCUUGCAGCCAAACGUAUUGAGAAGGCAUUGGUGGAGCUGCAAGUGUUUCAAAACGAUCGGAUGGAAAAGCUAUUCCCCUCUGACAAAAACGCAAACCAAGGAGAGGACUGUGACUUCCUAGCAGUUUUGAACGAGCAGCGAGCAUAUAUUCGAGUCCUUGAAGAAGCAGUUCACCUUAAAGCUACAGACUUUGAGAUAACCGGUCACGAGGAGCUACUGAUUGUCCUUGCUGAGCUGCGUCAUACCAUCUACGAACAGGAGAAGGAUGUCCAAGAAAAGUCAAUUCUAGCUGGAUCUGUCCAGCAGCAGCUUGAACAGGAGCAACAACAACAUGCUGAAACGAGAAAUAUUCUCGCUUCUACCCUGAAUGAACGAGAAGAAAUGACAAAUCGAUUCCACGAACGAGAGUCUGAGUUUCUUGACCAAAUUAGUGAAAUGGAACAGCAGCUAAUAGAAAAAGAACGUCAACUCAAUCAGCUUCAAAGCGUUUCGAUCGAUGCUCAGCGCACAGAAGAAGCUCUACAAAAUCGCUUAGUAGCAGCGUUGAAAACACAGAACUUAGCAGAAACCAAGCUUGACGAUGCUACACGAAACAUCAAAACGCUUCAGGAGCAGCUAAGUGAAAUCACAUCGAAGUAUGAGGAAACACAGCAACAAGUUGCAAAUUUGAGAGAGGAAUCCUGUAAGAAGCAGAGCCACCUUGAUGAAAUGAAUGCGCUACAAGAAGAACUGCUCGGGUCGGUGGACAAAUAUGUGGGUAAAGUGAAGAAAUCUCGUGACAAAAUAGAGCGACUUGAAGCAGAGCUAGAGUCUUGCAAGGAGAAGGAAGCGCUAACUAAAAACGAAUUAGAAGAGGCAACACGAUCAUCGGAUGAACAAGCAACUGCCUUAAAGCAGGAGGUUGACGCUGCGGAACAACGUACACAACGCAUCCAAGCUCAAUGUACGGCUUUAGAGCAGGAGAAGAAUCGUUUGGAGGACGCAGUUGCGGAAAUACAGCAACAAUUGCGAGGACAAGAACAAGAGAGUAAUGACCGGCAACAAGAGAUCACUGCAAAGGAAGAGAAGUAUCAUCAAAUGGAGGAGACUGUGACAGAGAUGGAGGCAGCUCUAUCCACUGUAUUGAUAAUGAUAUCACCCGAGACCUCUCCUGUAGCCGUGAUUGAAGAUGCAGGCGCAGAUGAGCACUCAUUUCUACUAGACCAAUGUGUGCUCCGGGAGUUAGAAAUAUGUUGUCAAGCGCUGAACACUCUCGCAACGGAUAGUGGAUCAAAGCAGAGCACAACGCUAUGCUCUUCUUUUACCGAAAUUGUAACUCGCGUUGCAACAAUUGGAGAACGUGUAUUGGAAGAGGUGAAUCGUGCUCUUGCAUCAUGGACGAGAGAACGCAUAAAUCUCGUUGAGGCGUGUGCGACGCUCGAUGCAACAGCAAAAAUGUGCCAGAACGAGAUGGAGAAGCGUCACGACGAGAUUCGAGACUAUCGAGAGGAGUUGGCAGAGCAUGCCUCGGAAGUUGACGCUUAUGUGGUACAAUUAGACACACUUCACGAGCAGCUCUGUAGUGCUCAGGCCGAAUGUGAAGCUUUCCAUGCGCUUGAAGAGCACGCAACGCAUCAACACGAAGUUUUACAAGCGAAACAGGCGUUGAUCCGCGAUCUCUCAGCUGAAAAUGAUCGACUAUCGGAUGUAGAGAUGGCGUACUCGGUUCAACUAGAAACAAUCGCGAGGCUUUCUCAGCGACUGGAAGACCAACAAGCGACGAUCGAAGAGCAGAAACGAUAUGCUCAGCAGUUGGAGCAGACUCUGGAGGAUGCAGCCAUCUUCGCUGAACAGCAGAACGAAUGCAACCAGCAGCUUGAAUCGCAGCUUGUAGAGAUGGAAACCUCUCAGCGAGUACAAGCCGACCAGGUCAAGACGCUGGCAAUACAGAAUUCAGCUUUCUGUAGUCGGUUCAUGAGGUUAGUCAAGCAGUACAUGACCUUCUUAAGACCAGUAGCAGCUACCGAUCGCAGUCUCCAGGACCACCUCAAUCUAUUCGAGACAGAAUUCCAGAAUGGUGACACCCUCCGAUUGCUUCAGCUUUUCCCAGCAGUAUUGGAAGAAUACAUUUCAACUUGCAGCAGGAGCCAUGAACGAAAUUCACCUAUCGACUCCAGAGGAUGUAACAUCGUGGCCAGUUCCUCCAAAAUGAAUCCCCAUCGAGUAUCUCCAGAUAAGCAUCGGGAUAAUUUACACGUUGAGAUGGCUACACCAAAAUGGAAACCACCAACGUCAGAUCCACCUUCCUCCAAAACUUCAUCUCUCCCGACAACACUGAAUGCUGCAUUCACUAAAAGCCCGCAAUACUCUAUUGCAGCAGAGAAGGAGGACGAGAAAUUAGCCGAGCAGUUGGAGCUGAUCCGAGGUGCCUUCCAAAACUACAAGAACGACGCAGACGGAAAGAUAGCAGCAUGAAGAUCUACAAAAAAUAUAAUUGAAGAUUUAGUACUGCUGCAGAGCUUUGGCGGCACAGCUUCAACGUGACAGAGUGAAUAAGGCGCUCUAUCUGGUGCAGGUUUCGAGUGGGU